ACAGCAAAGCACAUCCUCUCUCUCACACAUAAUCACAUGUAUAUGUACCAACUCGGUCAAAAAGUCACCUCCUUUUUUUUAUAAGAGACCCAAACUCUCCGCACAUCUUGCUUUGCUCUCUUCUCUCUCUCUCUCUCUCUCUCUCUCUCUCUCUCUCUCUCUCUCUCUCUCUCUCUCGCGUACACGCAAAACCAUAUUAAUCCACCAUCACCAUGGGAAGAUCUCCUUGUUGCGAGAAAGCCCACACAAACAAAGGAGCUUGGACCAAAGAAGAAGACCAACGUCUCAUCGACUACAUCCGUAUUCACGGCGAAGGUAGCUGGCGUUCACUUCCCAAAUCCGCAGGAUUGUUACGGUGUGGUAAAAGUUGUAGAUUGAGAUGGAUUAAUUACCUUCGUCCUGAUCUCAAACGUGGCAAUUUUUCUGAUGAAGAAGACAAAGUUAUCAUCAAACUCCAUAGCUUACUCGGCAACAAAUGGUCUUUGAUCGCGGGAAGAUUGCCUGGAAGAACAGACAAUGAAAUUAAAAAUUAUUGGAACACUCAUAUUAAAAGGAAGCUUCUUAGCCAUGGAAUCGACCCACAAACUCAUCGUCCGAUCAAAGAUUCCAUCGCCGUUGAAAACUCUUUUACCGUCAGGCCGAAGACGGAAAAUUCCUCCGGUAACGUAGCAUCCACAAGCGGCACAACGACUGAUGAGGAUAUCCGACAGAACGGUGAUUGUUAUUACAAUGAUAAUUCAGGAGAGAAAGAGGUUAAUCUGGACUUAACUCUUGGGUCCGGAUCAACUUCUUUAGUCAGGUCGGGUGGGAGAAGUGGAAACGGAUCAUCAGCAGAUUCAAAGCCGUGGUGGGAUCCAGUGAUGGCGGCGCGUUUGUCACUGUUGUGAUUAUUACUUCAGUUUCUUUUGUUUUAGUUUUGUUCAUAUAUAUAUUUACCUUUUAAAGGCUUUUAUUGGAAAAUUUUCACCGUUGUGGUAAGAACAAUGACUUUACCGUUC